AGAAGACCAGUCACAUCUGAGCGAUUCCUUUUGCCCUCCGUGUUUUUGACACGCGCGGACACGAUGGCUUUCACUCAGGAACAUGUCUUGAACUUCUUGCUGGAUCGCGGUGGACGCGCGAAGAAUUCCGAGCUCCUGAACUCAUUUAAAGAGCGCAUCAACUGCGACGAUCCCGCCAAAAGGAAGCAGAACAGAGAACUUUUCAAGACAUUUGUGAACAACGUGGCCGUUGUGAAGGACAUUGAGGGUGCCAAGUAUGUUGUUAUUAAGAAAAAGUACGAGCACUUAAUCUCAGGGAAAGUGGAUUCACGUGCCCAGCAGAGGGAGCAGAAGAAAAAUGCUGAGGCUCCGGAGAGUCUGUGCUCACCUGGCUAUGACUUGGAAGGUAGAGGACAUGAAAAAGGUAAGACCUUAAAGCCUGAUAUUGAUCAUCACCUGCCUGCCCCGUCAGUAAAGAGCGAUAGUUCGAACAUUUCUUCAAGAAAUACAGCCACUGGUUUCCCGCUGCAAACCGACAGGGCUGGAGAUCUUACCCCUAAGAAUGCACAGACUCACAAGGAGGAUAGGUUGCCAAAAUACACUCGGGAGGAGCCUUCAGUAGCCCAGGACUGCAGUCCUUCUGGAGAAGAGAGAACUGGAAAGACAAGACCUGCGUUUCCCCUCGCGGCGGUAAAAUCUCAGUUGGAGAUGCAGAGUGGUCAGUUGCACAUAAAACAGGAGAAACUGCAACCCAUGAUGCCCAAGGCAGAAAUACAGAAGACAACCCAGAAGCCCUGUGCAUUGCCACUACGAUUUCCACUGCCAGAGAUCAAGAUUGAAGUUGUAGACUCCCUUCCCAAGAACAAUGAUUUAAGCAAAGACACCACAAACCAUGACAUUGAAAGAUCUCCCAGGACCAAAAGGAGGCAGUUGGAGGGCAUUGCAGGAUCAAGCUCUCCACAGCUACGGAGAGCCUUCAAAACCACAAAACCCGGCGAGGAGCUCAAGUUCCCAGACACCAUCCCACUAGAGCCAGCGGAGCAUGAGUGGUUGGUGAGGUCAGCAGCAGGACACUGGAGUCAAGUCCACGGUCUUGUUCUGCAAGAUUCCCUCCUGGCUAAAAAGAAGGACUUCAUGUCAGGGUUCACGGCUCUGCACUGGGCUGCCAAAAGUGGCAACAAUGACAUGGUGUGCAAAAUCAUUGAGAUAGCCAAGCGAGGAGGCAUAAAGGUUGACGUUAACACAAAAUCCUAUGGUGGCUACACACCUUUACACAUUGCUGCGAUACACAACCAGAAGUCUGUGAUGAUGUUGCUCGUGCAGGACUUUGCAGCCAAUGUUCAUGUAAGAGAUAACAGUGGCAAGAAGCCCUAUCACUAUUUGCCCGUUGAGGCAUCGCCAGACCUGAGACAGUUGCUCGGAGGACCGGUGAUCCCACAUCAGGGCACAUUUAAAGAAAAGCUGGAAGAGGAUUUGCUUCCAGAGCUCCCCAAGGGCUUUAACACAUUGAGUCGGCUGUUCCAGCCACAUGGGGGACACAGAAGGAAGCACAAAUCACUGACCGGACUGUAUUCGCUGACUGAAGACAUGGAGGAAGAGAGUGCUGUAAGGCGUAUCAGACCUGUGUCAGAUGUGUUCUUUUAAUCACAGCAAGAAGCUGCACUUGCAGGCUGUUUACUGUAUUAAAAAAAUGAUCGCUGUGUCCCUUUGUUACAUACAGAACCAUAUAAGACAGUCAUUUUAAUUUCAACAAUGAAUGCGUUGUUAGUUAUUUCCUGAUUUAAAUGUAGUUAUUUCAAUUAGACUGAUUAUGCAGGAUUUUAUUUUCACAUAUUGAAUGUGAAUGUGUUUGAAUUUAUGGGCCAUAAUUGCAGUAUGUUUCUAAUGUUAUUCACAACAACCCGCUUUGCUGUCUCAAAUAUUGCCAAAGGACCCGUCUGUUGCAGAUGUUUUUCUUUGCUCGCCUUCUUUGUGCUUACCAUUUUUUUCUACGUGUCUUAACUUGAUAUGUGUUGGUCGAUGUUCUGUGGAAAAGAUCAGACACUGGAAAUCCAGAAUAAGACCUGUUGAUGUACCUUACAUGUGUUCUGCACAGAACAGUGUUUUAAAAAGUUUAUUGUUUGUGGUUUUAUUCUCUAUCUGUUCUAAAUCGUAAUUUCUUUGCAUAAUCUCAGGAGGUGUAUUUAUCCAUAAAAAUUAAGAAAAAGAG